AUGCAUUCAAUGUCGAUGUCCUUUGGUAGCGAUCAACAAGAGACAGGUGUAACUGAUGGAAAUUUCAUUGCUAAUAGUAAUAUCAUUAUUUCUGAUUAUGAUCAGUCCUGCCAAAAUGGUAUGCUUAACAAUGUAGCUGUUGAAGAGAAUAAAAUGAACGAUACAGGUAGUUACCAAACGGUUUAUUCAGAAUAUCAAUCAUUAGUUGGAAGUUCAGGAGGUAUGACAAUGUCAACUAUUCCACCUGCUUCUACACCAACUUCUUAUCAACAAUUAAAUCAGAUGUCACCGCAGUCAACAGCUGCAUCAGCUAGUCAAUUCGAUCAUAUUACAGUUAUGACAAAUUUACAACAAUCAUCUGAUUUAUACACCGGAAUUCCUGUAUCUUCAGUUUCUAAUGGAAUAGCAUAUACCAUUCCUAAUUCAGCAAAUACCGCUGCACUUCAAAUUUAUCCUCCAUCAGCAAUAACGCAGCAAGUACAGCAGUCAGUUCCAGCGCUUAAUGCAAUGCCUCCAACACUAAUGCAAAAUCGACCAGAUUAUGGCAUGCAGCGCUUGCAAACAUCCCGCGCCAGUAAUAGUCGCACAAAAACGAUAUAUCCAUCCUUAUUACCAGUAACUGGACGUGGUUCCAAUCGUCAGAUUAGUAAUAUAUCCGUUGUCAGUGAUGAUGGACCAACUGUACGACAACACUUACAACAGCAACACCGAGCACGACUGCAACAGCAGUUAGCAUUACAAGAAAAGGCAAAAAUGGAUAAGGACGAUUUAAUGACUGAAUAUUCGGGUAUGGUAUCACCUGCCGUUGAUAAGAUGUUACCGGUAUCUACCAUUAUGAAUUUACCAGCUACGGGUUCAGCAAAUAUGCUUGUAUCAACACCGAUGAAUAUGCUAGCAACACCUUCAUUACCAACUUCUUCAAUGAAUAUACCUGUAUCACCAUCGAUGAAUAUACCUGCUUCACCAUCCACAAAUGUACCUACAUCACCAUCGAUGAAUAUACCUCCGUCGCCUUCCAUGAAUAAUUCUCGGAUUUCCCAGAUGCCACGGCAACAAUACCUUCCUCGUUUAGCUGCUCAGAAACCACGAAUUAUGACAGAUCGUAUUCGACGAAUGCCAAUAUAUGAUAACCAUACAUAUCAACAACCACCACCACCAUCAUUUUGUCCGCAGAAGCAACGUGCUGCUGAAAUUCAUGAGGAAGCUAUUCAGCGUGCGGCUGCUGUUUACAAUCAAAUUAGAGGGCAAAAGAUUUCUCCAUCCGGUGUUAAUCCUCUUCCUCAGGCGACAAGAAACACGACAUUUCCUCCUCAUUCACCUAUCACAACAACUAUUGCUGAAACAUCGAUUGAAACUGUUCCAAAAAAGUCACCAACAAGAAAACGGAAUCAUUCGAUGAUGUCAGCUUCACAGGUCCGUGUCACCGUGCUUGGUACACAAUCAGAGCCAGCUACACAACAAAUUAUCACCGAAAGUGAUCAUGUCUUGCCGAUUCAUGGAAUUGCUGGUCUUCCGAAGCAGCCUCGUAUCGAGAUGGCAGAUACUGGACCUGGAAAAGAUAUUGCUCCUCAUAGCGGUGAUGAGAAACCACCUUGGCAAUUCGUUCGCGCAGUCAACAAUGCUGUUCCCAUGGGUACAUCACAGACAAUGGAAGAUUGCUCAAAAAAUGAUGUUGGAAUAGAUCCUUCCGAUGCACAAAAAUCAUUUGCUAUUCAAAUUAAUAAUAACUCAUUUUCGUUACCAGCUGCUGAACCACUUCUUAACAAUCCAAUUGGUUCAUCUAUCAAUGGUUCAGGAAUAGGUGUGAUAUCUGGUGCAUCUGAUCUGGUCACUGCUCAACCUGUGCUUUCUGGAAAUGGUAGUCAUCUCGCUGAAUCAUUACGUGAAGUAAUGGCACAAGUGGAUGAUGACGUAAUAAAUUAUUCACGUGAGACUCAAUAUGUUCGCAAAUUGUACUUUAUGAAGCGACUGAUUGAAUCGCUUGUUAUUAAAAAUGGUGCAUUAUGUGACGAAGUGUCGCGUUUAAAUCAACGUAUUCGAACAGUAAUGGAAGAAAGAAAAGUUUUGGCAAAACGAUUACAACAUCAUGAGCGUAAUAGGAUUCGUAGAAUUCAAACCAAAUUAAAGAAGCAAGCAGCUGCUCGUGCUGCAAAAAUGAAUGAAUCACAAUCAGUGCUUGCAUCUGCAACAAGCGGCACAGAAGGUUUGCCAGGUGGUGAUAUCGAAAAUUAUGAAAGUGACGAUUCUGAUAAGACACUUGUUUCUAGUGGUGCGGCUUCUCCGAACACCAGCGCGUCAAUGUCUCGUGUAGAAACGCCGGAACCAGCUUCACGCAGUCAUGAAUUUAUAUCGAAAAUGACACCUUACAAUACUAAUGUUCAAGAAGGUGGAAAAUGUAAGAUAAAAAGCGGUAUGCGUCGUCAUCUUUCAACUAAACGUUCGCUUAUUGAUCGAAAAGAAAAAAAAAUUUCAUUAAAUUAA